UUGCUCUGCGAUCUCCCUCCUCUCUCCUGUUACCACUUACCUUCGACGCCUCAAACUCCAACACCUCAUAAUCUUCUCCAUUCUUUUACUCUAAAAUAUCACGUCUCCCUUCUUUUACUUUACACCUUAUUUUUAGUUGUUAUAACUAACCCACUUUUGCUUCUUUAAUUAAUUAAUCAAUGGACAAACUUAGAAAAUCCUUUAAAUCUCUUUCCCCUGAUAAUACUAUUAACACUUCCUUACAGUCUGAAGAAGAACUCCAAGUUCUCUUGAACCAAACUGAAAAAGAAGGAAAAACCAAUUUUACUAUGACUUCUUCUUCCCCUGCUAUGGAUACAUCCGAUGCUAUGGACGUUAUCGUCAAAAUUAACACCAGAGAAACCCCAAAAGGUCUUAAAGAUACCGAACUUUCCUCUUCUUCAAAAUCCCAGUUCAGUAAAAAUGGUGGCAACAGCAACAGUAAAACGUGGAGAGAUUCCAGUUAUGAUUUUACAAAUGAUGAUGUUAUGAAAGAACAAUGGAACAGUAACAAAGAUUUUGAUUUUGUAACGGAGUCGCCGUUAUCUAGAGUUAAUGAAGAGAGUCCCAAUAACGGUGGUGGCGUUCUUACACCGAGGGAUGUUAAGGUUUCGUUUAACGACCACCUUAACGAAACAAAACGACGCCGUUCUAGUGCUAGUGGUGGAGAAGCUGGUGUACAAGAUGAAGUUUUGUUAUGCAGUUCCACCUCUUCAUUCAGGUCAAAAUCUAGUCUUUUGAAAACGAAGACAAAAUCAAGAUUAAUGGACCCACCUGAACAAGAUCAUAAGUCUCAGAAGAUGACGAUGAAAUCUGGGUUUUUAGGAAAAGGUAGUGAAAUUGAUGAAGAGGAUCCUUUUUGGGAUGAGGAUUUGCCUGAGCAAUAUAAGAAGAUGAAGUUCAGUACAUUGAGUGUUCUUCAGUUGGUAAGUUUGAUUUUGAUUAUUGCUGCUUUAAUUUGUAGUUUAACAAUUCGAGUUUUAAGGGAAAAGAGGAUCUUUGAGCUUGAAUUGUGGAAAUGGGAGUUAAUGGUUUUGGUGUUAAUUUCUGGGAGAUUGGUUUCUGGUUGGUUGAUUAGGAUUGUGGUUUACUUCAUUGAGCGUAAUUUUUUGUGGCGAAAGCGGGUUUUAUAUUUUGUUUAUGGAUUGAGGAAUGCAGUGCAGAACUGUAUUUGGUUGAGUUUUGUGUUGAUAGCUUGGCAAUCUAUUUUUGAUAAGAAGGUUGAGAGGGUGACCCAUGGGAAGGUGUUACCUUACGUGUCUCGCGUUUGGGUGUGUCUUUUGGUUGGUACAUUCAUUUGGCUGCUGAAAACCCUACUUGUAAAGGUGCUGGCUAUGUCGUUUCAUGUUACUGCAUUCUUUGAUCGGAUUCAAGAAUCUUUGUUUAAUCAGUACGUGAUUGAAACGUUGUCUGGGCCACCGUUUGUUGAAAUUGAGAAUGAACAAGAGGAGGAGGAGAAAGUUAUGGCCGAGGUGCAGAAGCUUCAGAAUGCUGGAGCUACAUUGCCUGCUGAUCUAAAAGCAGCCAUAUUACAGAAGAGACCAAUUGGAACAGCACGGACUAGUCCCCCAUCUGCUAUUGCAAGGAGUCCUGUUUUCUCCAGGGUCAUGUCGAAGAAGGAAAAGGAAGAAGAAGGGGGUAUCACUUUAGAUCAUCUGCAUAGGUUGAAUCAGAAGAACAUUUCAGCUUGGAAUAUGAAAAGAUUGACAAAUAUUGUUAGGAAAGGGGUGCUGUCAACUCUGCAUGAUCAGCUACAGGAAUCAACAGAUGAGGGUGAAUCUGUAGAGAUCACAAGUGAAAAACUGGCUAAAGUUGCAGCCAGGAAGAUAUUUAACAAUGUGGCCAAGCCGGGCUCCAAGUUCAUCUAUCUGGAGGAUUUUAUGCGUUUUAUGAGAGAAGAUGAGGCUCUGAAAACAAUACGCCUCUUUGAAGGUGGAACUGAAGCCAAAGGUGUCAGUAAGCGGGCUUUAAAAACUUGGGUGGUGAAUGCAUUUAGAGAACGCAGAGCUCUUGCUUUGUCUUUGAAUGAUACAAAGACUGCUGUGAAGAAACUGCAUCAUAUGUUGAAUGUCCUCGUGGCAGUUAUCAUAGUGGUCAUUUGGCUCCUUAUACUGAGAGUUGCCAACACACAUUUCUUGGUUUUGAUGAGUUCCCAAGUUCUCCUGGUGGUAUUCAUGUUCGGAAACUCAGCCAAGACAACCUUUGAGGCAAUCAUUUUUUUAUUCGUCAUGCACCCAUUUGAUGUAGGUGAUCGUCUUGAAGUCGAAGGAGUUCAGAUGAUAGUCGAAGAGAUGAAUAUAUUGACGACAGUUUUCCUGAGAUACGAUAACCAGAAGAUCAUCUAUCCAAACAGUGUCUUGUCUAUGAAGCCCAUAAGUAAUUACUAUCGCAGUCCACACAUGGGAGAUGCAAUUGACUUCUGCAUUCAUAUUUCCACUCCUAUGGACAAGAUUGCUGCAAUGAAGGAGAAAAUCACAAGGUUUGUCGACAACAAGAGCGAUCAUUGGUAUCCAGCUCCAUUGAUUGUAAUGAGGGAUGUGGAAGACUUAAACAGGAUAAAAUGGUCAGUGUGGCUUUCGCAUACAAUGAAUCACCAAGAUAUGGGAGAGAGAUGGUCAAGGAGAGCUCUUUUAGUUGAAGAGAUGAUAAAGAUAUUCAGGGAGCUUGAUAUUGAAUACCGUAUGCUGCCUCUUGAUGUCAACGUUCGUAACUUGCCACCAUUGCCAUCAAGUAGAGUUCCCUCUAACUGGACAAUUUGUGCUUAGUCAAUCUUAAGAUGACUGAAAUGGUUGCCGGAGAUAUCUAAUGUGGGGUGAAUGCCAGUGAACUAGAAGCAGAUUCAACGUAUAAGCAGCAGGUGGACGACCUGGAUGCAUACACAUUGUCUCUGAUUCGAGCUAUAUACUUACAACAACCACAUACCUAGUAUUAUCCCACACCGUGGGGUCUGGGAGGGUAGUAUGUAUAGAAAAUUCAAAGUUGAAUGUUAAUAUCUUUUAAGAGGUGCAAUACCUCAUGCUUAUUAUAGAUAGUUUAUCUGUACUUAGUUUUAAAUACAGUCAAACUCUUUGUCAUUCUCUAUAUUAGCAGUUCACUAUAACAUCCAAGUUUUCUUUGGAACCAA